AUGGAAGGGCGGUGCGCGAAAGGCGAUACUUGUCCAUUCGCACACGACUUCCAGCCACCAAAGAAACAAGAACUUUGCAAAUUUUACGCUGUCGGCGUUUGUUCAAAGGGCCCAACUUGUUUGUUUCUACAUGGAGAAUUUCCAUGCAAAUUCUUUCAUCUUUCCGGCAAAUGUACUCACGGUGGCUCGUGCAAAUUUUCCCAUGCCCCCUUGACUGCCGAUUCGAAGCUUCUGCUCGAUCGCAUCACAGGGGUUAAGGAGCUUCCACCAUCCCCGCAUGACCGUGGUUCUGAAACGUACCGACCCACCCGUGGGAACCUACGUCCCAGGUUCAUUGAACGCGGUGAUGUUGAUUACCGUUUCGGUCACAGGCCGCUUCAUUACAGCGAUCCUGAUCCUAACUACGAGCCCCAAUCACCUCCGCAUUUGAUCCCUGCGCCCAACUUCCACCCUGCUCCCCCCGGAAACACGCACGAACCGAGAGAUCUUUUGGGACCACGACCUCCGUUCACUUUUUCCCCCAGUAACAGAAUGGAAGCCCCGCGAUUCGGACUAGAAACAAGGUUUCGUAUACCUCUGAGUAACGCUUAUGCUGCUCCGAACUACGGACUGCCGUUCCCAGGUCCUGGCAUACCGGAUAGUGCUUUUCCCGCCCUAGGUCCGCGCAAAUUUCCACCAGAUCACUCCUUACCUUCACGGUUGCCACUGUAUAUGAUUCCUCGCGAUAGCCCAGGCCUAACAGAUUUCCCUCGGUUCAGAUCCCUUGGUCCUCGUGGCCCUCUUCCUAUGCGCCCACCAUUUAACCCCUCUCUCCAUGCAUCCAGCGAGGCGAUCGUUAGCUCUGAGCUAGACAAAAUGGCUGCGCUCUUGGCUUCUAGUACGACGCCGGAGACCUUGGAAGCCACCGCAUCGCCUCCUUCAGACCCCCGCAUUCAGUCCCCAAGUAGUGCCCAUAAAUUGGAGCCCAAUGCCUUUGAUCACGGGGAACUCAAGUCUCCCACUCUCCCUAGUGAUUUUCAGGCGCCAGCGAUAGGCUCACCCGAAAGUCAAGCCAAGAAACCACCGCCGAAUUUCACUUAUCCCGAUCCGAAUGUGAUGCCACUGCAGACGACCUUACCUACAUCCCCAGCUUCAGUGCAAUGGCGCCUUAUUCAGCUCGAUAUGAAUGUCAAAAUACCCUAUCCUCUGAUGCAGCUACCUAUAGAAGAGCUUCCGCAUCGUUACGAAGACCCAAGACUUCGCGGGCAACUCGCCACUCUUCGGUCGCAACCCAAACCCAUUGUUCCGAAGGAUGACAAUAUCGGGUGCGAAAUUGAAUCGCCAAAGACUGAGGAUGCGGUCCUUGACUCAAAUCAGCCAGAGGAAGAAGUUGUGAAACCAGUUGUUGCCAUUUCAAGACGACCCGUGAAAUUGCAGCUGAACGAAAUGGCGAGCACUUUUGCCAAUAUUCAUACAACGAUGGCUGUAAGCGCGCCCACGCGAACGGGCGAUAGAUCGUACCUUGACGAUCCUCGAUUUCGGAGGCGACGAAUUGUAGCCACUGCACCAGCGUCCGAAGUGUCUCAAAAGGAUGCGGCUAAAGUUGCGGACUAA